AUGAGUCAGUGCCAGACAGUCUCGGGUACUGGUAACUAUCGACUGGAGUCUACCAUUUACAAAGAUAGUUUAACAACUAUAAUGGAAGCAAUAGAAUUUCAAAAACACGGACAACGACUAGUUGCGAUCAAAAUCACAAAAAUCGACGAUAAAACACGAAAAGAAAACACGAGAAGAGAAGCGUAUGCAAAAAUGAUGAACAAAACGGAUAACCCACAUGUCCUCCAUUAUUUCAACUCGUUUUAUACAUCAUCAAGAGGUACGUUGGAAUAUUGGAACGUCAUGGAAUAUUGCAGCUUUGAAAGUCUCGACGUGUACUGGAAAAAGAACCCAAGUCUCCGACAAGACGAAAACGUUUUCUUCAUUAGUGACAUCGCCGUUGGACUCGAAUAUAUCACCGAGAAUUUGCAUUACCAACACUUACACUUGUACCCGUGCAAUAUAUUACUCAACAGAGACCCCGCUUCCAUUUUCCCUAUAUUGAAGUUGUCAAAUUUUGCGUUGUGCGAAACACUCGACGGAACACCACCACAAGACUUAUCACUCACAGACAUCGACUACGCUGCGCCAGAGUUUCUGGACUCGUAUAGCCACAGUAGAAGCGAUGUCUGGUCGUUUGGAAUUUUAAUUUACAGACUACUCGUCGGUCGGUGUCCAUUCCAAUUACUUCAGAUGGACACAUUCAGUGCACUUCAGGCACAAGUUGCCAUUAAUGUUCGAAGUGCUGUGCAAAAUGACAUGGCGGUUAACUUGUUAGAACAAAUGCUGAGGUAUGAUCCGGACGAGCGGAUCACCAUGGAACAAGUGUUAAAACAUCCAUUCAUAUUGAUGUGUAAAACGCAUAAGUAUGGACUUGAAGGGAAGCGUGAGAAAUACAAAGCCAUACAAAUGCUCGACCAUGGUAAAUUUGGCCAAGUCUUUUUAGCGGAGACAGAAAACGGCACAAAAUGUGCAGUAAAGGAGAUAUCAAACAACUUUGAAUCACUCUUGAGAGAAGCCACUUGCAUGCGCUUAUGUAAACAUCCAAAUCUGGUUGAGUACAAAGACUUUUUUACUUGGGACCGCUCGAUUGUUGCAAAUUUUGUUGGCGGGAACAAUGUCCCAGGGAAGUAUUUCUACUUGGUGAUGGAGUACUGUGAUAGUGGCAACUUUGAGAUGUAUUUGUCACAACGAGAGACCCCAUUAUUAAACCAAGAAAUUUCAUAUUACCUUGGAGAGGUGUCUUCUGGAUUACAUUAUUUGCAUUUUAACAAGCGUCUUGUUCAUAGAGAUUUGAAACCCGCCAACUUACUAUUAAAAAAGUCCAAUUUCCAGUAUCCGAUAGUUAAAAUAGCAGAUUAUGGAUUCUCAAGAGGUAUCAGUGAUAUGAUGGGGUCGGUUGUGGGCACCUGUAUUUAUGAGGCGCCAGAAAUCAGAAAAAAUGAGCCGUACUCAUCUAAGAGCGAUUUGUACUCCCUUGGUGUCAUUCUGUACCAAAUGGCAACACUCGAUUUUCCAUUUACAAACGAUUGUAUACUCUUCCAAAAAGCAAUGGCAAACGAACAGCCAGUCACUUUCCCGUCAGACGUUGUCAUCGACGAGACGCUGAAAGACCUUAUUCGACAUCUUGUGACGCACCACGAGGCUGAUAGACUCUCAUGGAAACAGUUCUAUGAGCACCCAUAUGUUGUGAAAGCUUUGUUGAUAUCCAGAAGAGUCAAACCUUCUGUUGAUUUCGAUCAAGACGAUUUUGAGUAUUUUUGA